AUGGACGGCCAGAAUGUCCAGGGCGGCGCCAUCUGCUGCAAUGCUGCCAUCAGCGCGUGUGAUAAGGCCGGCGAGUGGCAGAAAGCACUGCUGCUCUUAUGGGGUAAAGCCGCCGUCGAUGGUUACAUCAACGAGUUCUGCUGCAACUCCGCCAUCAGCGCCUGCGGGAGGGCAGGUAUGUGGGAGCUGGCUCUCUGGCACCUCGCCGCCGUGUCGGAGCUCUCUCUGGUGCCCACGGACAUGAACUACAGCGCUGCCAUCUCGGGCUGCGAGCGAGGCAGUCAAUGGGAGAGAGCUUUGGUUCUGCUGGGUGCGAUGCCCGCAGCCGGUCUCCAACCCACGGCUUUCAGCUUCAGCUCCGUCAUCGCUGCAUGCGAGGGGGCUAGCGAGUGGCAGGCCUCCCUCAGUUUCCUCGAGCUGAUGGAUCGCCAGAGGAUGCCCCCCGACACGAUCAGCUGGACGGCUGCCAUGGGUGCCUGCGUCAAGGCGGCUAGGUGGGAGGAUGCUUUGGACUUGCUGGUGCGUAUGUCCCAACAGCAAAUGGAGGUGGACCGAUACUGCUUCAAUGCGGCGGCCAGCGCGUGUGAGAAGGGCGACAGGUGGGACGUUGCACUGUCGGUGCUGGCGAUGAUGAACGUCCGGCGCCUGCCGCCGGAGAUAGUCACCUACAACGCCGCAAUGGCGAGCUGCAAGAGGAAUGGGCUCUGGGAAGCUGCCCUGCAGCUCAUGGAGCAAGCGAAGGCGGCUUCGCAGCCUCCGGAUGCGAUCAGCUUCAACUGCCUCAUCGGCACGUGCCACCUCGCUGGUCGGUGGGAUCUGUCGCUGCACUUCUUGUCUGCCAUGCAGCCUUCUGCGCUGACCCCCGACCGGUCCAGCUACACGGAGGCCGCGGGGGCUUGCGAGAAGUCCUCGCAGUGGCAGCAUGCACUGGAGGUCUUGUCAUCGGCGUUGUCUCAGCAGCUCGUGCCCGAUGGAACCUGCGUUGGGGCUGUGGCUGGAGCGCUUCGCAGCGCCCAGGGCGAGGAAGCAGCCCUGGGGCUUCUCCAGCAGCUGCGGAAGCGCUGGAGCCCCGAGAAUGCGGAGCCAGAGAACUUCGGCGGAGGCAUCCCAGUGCUCGCAAAGCGUCCCGGGGUCCUCGUGGUUUCGAAGCCGGAGGGCCUCAGUACCGAGGACAUGCUUGAGAGACUCUUCGGCAAUCGCUGGCAAAACGUUGUGCAAACGGUGUCGAGGUUGGAUUAUCCGACUUCCGGAGUUCUGCCCAUUGCCUUGGGCCCGGAGGGCUCUGCGGAGUGCAGUUGGCUUCAGGCGCAGUUCGCAGCAAAGCUCGUGAAGAAGGAGUACCUCUGCCUCGCCUUGGGGCCAUUCCUUGGUGAGGUUGGCGACGAGGGGGCCAUCACUAAGCCCCUGCGGACGGUGGGCGUGGGCUCGCUGAGGACGGAGGUGUCUCCUUCCGGACGCUACGCCCGCACAGGCUACCGGAUCCUCCGGCGCUUCGCGGGAGCCGACAGCUCGCUGGAGCCAAAGCUGCUCCUGGCGAUGCCCGAAACCGGCCGGACCCACCAGAUCCGUGUCCAUUUGGCCAGCUUGGACCAACCGUUGGUUGGCGACCAGACGUGUCUCACUUUGACCUACCAGUCCAUCUCCCUGACGCCAUACAAAGUGCUGGUAUUUGUCAACUCCGAGUAUGGAGACCAUUUCCCAAGCCUGCCCGGCACACGCAAAGAUGCGGAGGUGCUGGAAAACUGUGAGUUUGUGCAAGGAGCCGCGAGCAAACGGAGAUACGACAAUUUGAGCGCUGCAGACAUGAAGCGCAAACUGCAUGCGUGGAUGAACACCUGGGAGACCAACGGCAAGGCCAUGUUUUUCUAUUUCGGGCACGGAAUGUAUUACGAAGAUAGAAACGCACCUUGCACCUUGCAUGGUGUCUGCGGCUUCGACAGAAAGCCACAAGCUGCGAGUGCAGUAUUGCUGACGAGGGCCGUUGUCGUUGCCGCGUUGGUGAUGGGGUUGACGAUCGGUCUGCAAGUCCUGCUGGUGUCCUUCCUGAGCACAUCCACGCCCUAUGAGAACACGCCUUGCCCGAUCCUGCACGAAUUUCUUCCAUUCGUGGAUGAGCGUCUCUUCCUAGGCAUCAAGCUGGUGACGCUGGUUGGUAUCCAGCUGAUUGUGAUCGGCCUCUCCGGGAAGAUUUCUCAAAGUCCUGUUGCAGGACUUCUGAUGCCGCCUUACCGAGUGAUCACGGCUGCUUGGCAUAUCUGGAACUUCACCCGAGAUUUCAGACACCGGCCAACCAUGGACCGCGUCGAGCGUUCAUUGAACGCGGUCCAGCACCUGUUCUUCGGCUUCGUGCAGUGGAUCUUGCUUGCUUACGUCAACGAGGCGGGCUUCCUGAAAAGCUUCUUGCAUCAAACUGUCUCCGGGAAGUCGUGCUCCAGCCACAGUGCUGUGCACGUUCUGGCUUUGCAGAUGCGUCAAGAGUGCAAAGCCAUAGCAAAGGCUCUGAGAUCUUCCAAGCGGUUGGCAGCCCAAGUAUGCACGCUGGUCGGCGAGAUCAUGGCGUACCGCACGCUCACACAGAUUCAGCUGCAGACAGAGACAGACUUCAAGGCGUUUCGACGUCAGUUUGUCAACACCCUCUGUGUGCUGAUGUACAUCAACCUGACCGAGAUUUUGGAGCAGCUUGUUCUCUUGAUCAGGCAUCGGUACGGCCAUUCCGGUGCAGAAGUGGAGUUCUUUGAUGCAGAGAUCUCUAUCUUCCAGUACUUCAUCAGUGAGACCUUGCCGCUCUUGGUCAUGAUCUUCAAUACCCCGGACUGGAGAGCACGACACAGACCCAACAGCGGGCUUUGGUUGACCACGACAUCCCCAUGGGUGGUCAAGGGAUUUCUGUGGCUGGGGUGGUGGCAGUUCUUCCUUUGGGGCGUACAUAUGAGCUGCCACCCAAAAGUGGCGUCCAAGGCCUUGGACGGAGGCAUUCUCUUCGUCUUGGCCAGAGCUUCUGCGGCAAGCAUCUACUUCGACUUGAUCGUCCUGUUUUUUACCAUCUGGCCUGGAGUGAAGCUUGUGCUUCAGUCUUGCAUAGGCAUAGGCAUGUCAACGGGCUUCACGACACUUCACAUGAUGAUUGGAAAGCGCAUUCUUAUUUGUGCGAGCGUGCAUGCAGUGUCGCACGUCGUGUGGGUUCUCGUCGAUGGGUUCGCCGAUGGCGAAUCAGUGUACUCCCGCAUAGUUUGGGAUGGAAAGGUCCUGCUGCCGGAAGUACCCUUCCUCACUGGCACUAUGAUGUUGGCAGCUUUCGUGCUUGCCUACUUAGCCCAUGUAUGUUGCAAGCAGCGCAGCUACGACACCUUCCGAUCUAUCCAUCGAACAUCGGCGGGUGUUGUGCUUGUCCUGGGCAUCUUCCACAGCCUUACUGGAGUGCUCGGGGCGCCAGCGUUGUUUGUAUUCUGUUUGGUGCUCCUUUGCAUGUGGCUUCUGGAUUCUCGUCUAACGGUUUGCAGGCACCUGCCGGCAAGGUAUGUUCACUUCUGUGGGGAUGGGGAUGAUCAGACGAUGGUUCUCGUCUUGGAACUUUGUGGAGGGCUCCAGACGUACAUGGGUUACGUGCAGAUCGAGGUGCCCGGGAUUCCUGGUUGGCAUCCAUUUACCGUGGUGGUUCACGCAAACGGGACGCAAGAGCUUCACAUCAACCUCAAAGCCAGGAGGGAAGGCUCGUACGUGAAUUGGGCGUGGAAGGUGGAGCGGGAGGUGGCUUGGAGGACUUUGCAUCCGGGGGACAUGGAAGUUCAUGUUGCAGGCGCGUUCCCUACGGUGCUGGGCAACCGAGACUUGUACAGAUCCUUUGAGCGAGUGGUCUUCAUCAGUGGUGGGACUGGUUUCACGGGAUGCCAGCAAGGCUUGUUCGCGAUGCACAGCAAUCUCGGGCAGGACCUUGGCAAUCGCGUCGCGUUCUUCUGGCGGGGAAAGCAAACCAUGCGCUACCACGAUGAAAAGAUAGGCCCUUGUUGCCAGGAGUUUGGUGUGAGAAGCGAAAACUUGAGUCGUUACAGCCGUGAUCAAUUUUGGCAAACCGUGUCGGAUCGAGUUCAGCAGUUCAAUCGCGACAUGGGCAACGAUGACAAGGUGUUGGUCUGUGUCUGUGGGGAUUCUUCGCUCUUUGCUGCGGCAAGCCAGAUGUUCGAAAGCAGAAACCGUGUGGCAGGAGACCAUUUCGAUUAG